CUGUGGGGAGCGAGAGCAGUGGAGCCCACAGGUCUCGCUUUCAGCCUCGUCGUCUGUGGGGAGUAGUACAGCACAGGACUACCCGCGCAUUGCAUCCGCAGUGCACAGCAUCCGGAGCGCAUUGCCAUGUUCACAGACCGACCGACACAGGGAGACGUUUUCACGGGCAAACGCGAGAGAGAGAGAAAGAGAGAGCGAUAGUGCAAAAUUUGGGCUCGUGCGUAGGGUUCAGAGGAGUGUACAGCGAAGAAAAUAGGUAGAGGCUCUGUACUAGAGUCUGGAAGUGCAUCGAGGGUUCGGCGGACUUGCGACCUGAACGCCGUGCGGUACUCGGAAUGGCGCAUCGGCUCCUCAGGGAUGUUGAGGCCGAUGGAUGGGAACGCUCAGACUUUCCCAUCAUCUGCGAAUCUUGUCUUGGGGAUAAUCCAUACGUUCGAAUGACUAAAGCCAAUUUCGAUAAAGAGUGCAAAAUUUGCACCAGACCAUUUACGGUCUUUCGGUGGAGACCUGGACGUGAUGCUCGUUACAAGAAGUCAGAGGUUUGCCAGACAUGUAGCAAACUUAAGAACGUUUGUCAAGUUUGCUUGCUCGACCUGGAGUAUGGAUUGCCCGUUCAAGUUCGAGAUACUGCUCUCGGUAUAAGCACGAGUGACGCCAUCCCGAAGAGCGACGUCAAUCGGGAGUAUUUUGCAGAAGAGCAAGAUCGUAAGGCGAGAGCAGGGUUGGACUACGAGUCAUCUUACGGAAAGGCACGUCCGAAUGACACAAUUUUGAAACUCCAAAGAACGACACCUUAUUACAAACGAAAUCGAGCUCACAUUUGUAGUUUCUAUGUUCGAGGAGAAUGUACUCGGGGAGCUGAGUGUCCUUACAGACACGAAAUGCCAGUUACUGGAGAACUCUCUCAGCAAAACAUAAAGGAUCGUUAUUACGGUGUGAAUGAUCCUGUUGCUGCAAAACUGUUAAGGAAAGCAGGGGAAAUGCCAUCCCUUGUUCCACCUGAGGACGAGAGCAUCAAGACCUUAUACGUUGGGGGAUUGGACCAGCGGAUUGGUGAGGAAGACCUCAAGGAUCAGUUUUAUGCUUAUGGUGAGAUCGAAAGUAUCAGAUUGGUCUCACAAAGAGCUUGUGCUUUCAUCACUUACACCAACCGUGAGGGUGCGGAGAAGGCUGCUGAUCACCUUGCGAAUAAGUUGGUGAUCAAGGGGCUGAGGUUGAAGCUAAUGUGGGGUAAACCUCAGUUACCCAAGCCUGAAACAGAGGGCGGGGAUGACGAAUCAGGCAAGCACAACGUUGGAGGAAUACUUUCACAUGGAGGAAUGCUCCCACGAGCGGUCAUAUCCCAGCAACAACAACACAGUCAACAAAUGCAGGAAGAGCCUCCACUGAAUUACUUCAACAUACCUCCCCCUCCACCACCUUCUGAGAGACCUUUCUAUCCGUCCAUGGAUCCUCAGAGGAUGGGUGCCGUGGCACCAGGUCAGGAGGCGACGUCUUCUGGUCAGACAGAAAACUCAAAUCUAAGUGGUCCUCCUGGCACAAACUCGGCUCAGCAAAAUUCACAGUAUGGCGCUCCGCAUGCUCCUCCACCUUACGGGUAUGCUCCAGGACCUCACUCUCAGUUUCAACAACCUCCGUUUCGCCCUCCCUAUCCUCAAGCUGGUGCUGGUCCCCGGACCUACCCAUACCUUCCUCCUUAUCAUUCAGGACCCCCACCUCCCCCGCCACAACAGUAUUAUAGGCCUCAAUUUUAGUGGAACCACAUGGAAUACUGUGGAGAUUUUGGUGAUCCUCAUAGUACUUGUAGCAUACAUGGUGACUGAAAACUCGUAGCCAAAUAGAGGGUUUACAGGAAGGAUGACUUAGAAGACCGUGUAUACAAGGGCUGGAUGAAUUGUACACAAACUGCGGUAGAGUCACAUUACAACCAGAGAGUAGGUGGCUGCAUUGCCACAGAGUUGGGAAGUGGGUGUUUUCCACUUCAUCUCGAGGAUACAGUUGUAUCUGGGUCAUAUGAAAAUUUCACUUGAGCAAGCCUUUCUUCGUCGAAGAAUUUUAUCCUGAUUGUGUCGAAUACUGCUUUUCGUGAACCUGGUCAUCGAAGCUCAUAACCGAGUCGCUUUUGUUCUUGUCGAAUAUUGUUCGUUCUUCUGUAAUAUAUGCUCAAGACGUACGAUGUAACUCGUACGUCUGUCGGGGAAAUUUGGGCUUCCUUGUUAAGAUCCUAAAGGCUGCUCGAGUUUUCUGUCUAAAAUGCCUAUACAUGAUAAGAGUUUCGGAAAUCUCGAUUUAUCAC